AUGAAUGAAGGAAAUAGAGCAUCAAAAGAGGAUAUAGAUUUAGAAAAUGCUAUUGGAGAUGUAUUUGGACAGUUCGAUUUUGGUUCUGUAGAUAAAGAAGAAGGCACGAAUCACCAACUACAACAAGACCAACUAGAAGAGCAAGAUAAAGAUCAACCACAGCAACCAGAAUCCAAACUGGAACAUUAUCAUACCGAUACCCCUCUUCAAGAUUUACCACAACCCUCCCAAAGGAAAGAGAUUAUUGCAGAACCAAAGCAAACACUACAACAUAAAGAUAAUAAACAAGCUGAACAUUCACAAACAAACACCACAGAAAACUCCAAGCCCUCUGAGGAUGAAUUGGAUUUGGAAGAUGCAAUUGGAGAUGCCCUAGAUACGGUGUUUGGAGCUAAUCACAACAACAACGACAAUCACAACAACACAGACUCAAAUAACGAUCAUCAAUCCUCCGAAUCUGACAACCAAAAUGAUGUGAAAAAUGCAAUAGAAAACGCUUUAGGUGAUAUUUUUACAGAAGUUAAAACAGACACAACUACAGAUGAUGCAGCAGAUUCACAUGAAAAAGACAAACUUACUCCAGAGUUAUCUACUCCAAUCCAGCAAGUUAAAAAUUCACCAGACUCUACAGACAGACCAACUACCCAACUGGAAGUAGAAGAACCAAAGGAUAAUCUACUAGAAACAAAAACAGGUGAAGAUUUAGAUGAUAUAAUAGGAAAAACAAUACUGGAUUUAGUUACGGCACCAAAAGACAAUAAAAAUGAAAAAGAUACUGAUAGGGGUCUAAAUCAAAAAGAUAAAGUUGAUAAUCUGGAAAACUCCACAAUACAGCAAAGCGUUGAAAAUGCAGAUAAGAUACCGACCCCAGAUAAUUCUAAUGAAAACCACCUACGUACACCAGAAACUGGUCCCCCAAAGAUUUCAACUGAAGAUACUAACACCACUCAUGAGCCCACAGACGAAAUAAAAGACAAGGAAAGUAUUGACAAAAUAGAUAAUAACAAGGGUCUUACAGAAACGAAUACUUCUGGUGACAACACGAAAACAAAUCUGGAACUGAAUGAAGAAAUGGACGAAUUGGACGACGUGAUAGGGAAAGCUUUUCAAGAUGCAAUUUCAAAGAGUCAACCGACACCCAUUGAUGCAUCCAAUGUCACAGACCUGCAAGAGUCAAAAUCCCAAACAACACCAAAAGAAAAAACUAAUAUGUCUUCUUCCAAAGUGGAACAAACAGUUGCUUCUUUUGAAACAGAAAGUGAACCCACAAAUGAUUCAACAGAAUUGGACCAGGCCAUAGGUGAUGUGUUCAAACAAAUUAUAAAUGAGGACUCUAGCGAUACAACCAAAGCAUCACCAGCACCAGAAUCAGUAGGUGACGAUGAUAAUAUGGAUUUAGAUGCAGUCAUAGGUGAUGCAUUUAAGAGCGUACUUCCAACUGAACUCCCAUCCAAAGAUAAAUCACUUCCAUUGCCACCCGAUGAUGACGAUAAUGAUCUAGAGAAUGCGAUUGGAGAAGCAUUUAAGUCUAUUUCUGAUAUCAAAGGAAAGGAUAGAAAACAGGAAGAACAAGUUAACGAUGACGAACUUAAUGCGAUGAUAGCACAAUCAUUUCAGAAAGCUGUUGAUAUAUCGAAAUCAGAUUCUCAUAUUGAUAAUGAUGACAUGGAAAAUGCAAUCACUCAGGCAUUCAAAACGGCAAUGGCUGGCACUAGCGCCACAUCACAAAUGUCUGCCCGAGAAGCUGCUAUAAGAAGCUUGGCAGUAGAAAUAUCACAUCAAGUGCAGGAUCACUUGAAAAACGACAAGUUUAUGCCACCUUUGCCCUUUAUACCUGGAUUACCCCAAUUGGACGAUAAUGUUCUAGCUCAUUUUCAAAAAGUAGCAUACACUGAUGAUGAUACAAAGGAACAAGAUAAAUUGAAGAAGACAGUCUCUGAAUCGACAAAUUCCAAAACAACUCAAGAUAACGGAGGUGUUGCUGAAUUGGAAAACUUGCAAAUGAAUGAUAUUUUGCAAAAUGCUUUCAAAAUGGCAUUGGAAAAUCCUCAAGAAUUACUUUCUGAUUUAGAUAUUGAUCCAACUAUUCAAGUACCUACUACUAAUACUACUAGUACCACUACGUUCCCAAGACAAGUUUCACAGCCGCAGCCACAACACAUACCUGUAAGUAGUCUGAAAUUUAUUCCACCAACUUCCAACCAAGGAAUGCAAAACUAUAGGAAGUACCCACACCAGCAGAUACCAGAAGUGCAAAGAUCCAGUACGAAUACACUGAUAGUGAAACCUAUUGAUAAAUUAGAAUCUUUAGAAAAUGAUUCACACAAGAAACCGUCAUUAUUGUCUAAUCCUGCAGUGACUUCACAAUUAACUUCGAUUAUCAGUUCAUUAACAUCCCGUAUUAAUAGUGGCGAGUUAUCGGACGCUAAUAUAUUGCAAGUUAUUCGACAAAUGACAGAUGUGUUGGCUUCCGGUGGCUCUUUGGCGCUGUUCUUAAAGAAACCUACUUCAAUUCAGGAUGUGAUAGUGACGUACAGAGAUGGUGUGAGACAAAAAAUGUUGAAAAGUUUAUAUUUGACCAAAAACUUUCUUGACCAAAAACUACCCAUCACUGAAAAUGAAGUGAAACAAAAAGCCAUUAAAUUGAUAGACAAUAUUGCCAUUGCGUUUGAUCCAGUUGGGUUUACAAAGAUUGUCGCAGUUGAAAUUAAAGACGAAGAAUUUGUUGGCAUAUCCUCGUUUUUAAAAAAUGUGCUUACCACAACAUUGAAACAUGCAACCACUACUAAAUUUAGUCCAACUAUAAUAAAUUCUAUUGAAUCAGUUGUUGAGAGAAUAACACAGAACGCAUUACUGGAUAGUAACAAUGAAGAAGCAGUGAAACAAGUAUCUCAAGAUGAAGAACUAGUUAAACCCAUAACAGACUUGUUUAGUUUACUUUCUGGCUCAUCCUUGUUUGAUAAUUCAUUUCCAAUGGUUGUUGCAACAGCAGUUUCCGUAGCAGUAACAGGAUAUGUCUACAAGGAAGCUACUGGUGUUGCCUUGGAUACCACCAUCAAAGCUGUUUGUCUGAUAUUGAGUAAUCUUUUCAACACUGCACCAGGAAUGACUUUCAAAGGGAAUGCAAAUUCUACUAUUGGAAAUCAAGCAACUAAAAGACUUUCAGACUUGAUUUUAGUUGGUGAUUUAAGACGCACAAAAAUUGAUCCAGAUCUAGGUAAAACCAUCAAUAAUGAUAAUGGAAAAGCUGAUACUUGGAAUAUCGAUGCAUCAUCAUCUAUAAAAAUUCCGCAAUAUCGAAGACCUAGUGCUUUACAUGAAAAGUCCAAUGUGUUGCAUAAACCAGCAUUAACACUUCCCAGGAGCUCACCAUUCAUUUCAAAUAAGAUUGGAUCUUCACAAUCCAAUUCUCAACCACUACACACUUCUAAUCAUAACAAUAAACUCAAAAGACCUGGAAGUUUCCAACGGCCUAGCAAUGCCAAACCAAGGGCAACAAGUUUAGGAUUUCCCAAACUCCAUUCAACAUCAUUUAAAUAUCAAUAG